GUCAGUCAGUGACGUCAGCCUAUAGUCGUGACUCUUUCUUCUCCUUACCGGCAUUGUACGCAUUGAUCGCCGUUGGAAGAAGCAUCGAAUAUCAAUCUUAACUUCUAAUUUAUUUCUUAUCAACUUCACAACCAAUGCUCCAUUCCCUGAGCCACAUUGGAUCAAGGCCUCGUUUCACCAGCCCCAUCCCAGCCCAGUAACUCGUUAUUUUUUAAGAUAAAUCCUUGUCAAACCGCCAAAGUGGAGAGUUUCGCUGCAGAAGGGAGUGCUUGUCGUUUCAGCAAGUUCCCCGGCAAACACUCAGGAGGGGGCCCUCAGCGAUGGGUGCCUUCUAGGCAAGACGCCUUAAAUGAAAAAGGGAGACAUGACAAAACCUUCCGCAAAGUGAGAGGCAUACUCAACAAGCUUACCCCUGAGAAGUUUGACAAGCUAUGCCUCGACCUUCUGAACGCUGGCAUAGAGUCUAAAGUUGUCCUGAAGGGGAUCAUCUUGUUGAUUGUUGACAAAGCACUUGAAGAGCCCAAGUAUAGCUUGCUAUAUGCUCAGCUAUGUCUCCGCUUGGCAGAGGAAGCACCCAACUUUGACAGCUCAUCCCCAGAGAUUCAAACUACACAAAAGCAGAGCACAACAUUCAGGCGUAUUCUUCUUUCUAACCUUCAAGAGGAGUUUGAGAAUCGUGCCAAAAAUGUUGAAAUGUACGAUAAACAAGAUGGCCCUCUCACAACCGAGGAGGAAGAGCAACGCACAAUUGCCAAGAUCAAAAUGCUGGGAAACAUCAAAUUCAUUGGGGAGCUUGGCAAACUUAAUCUCAUCCAUGAAUCCAUCCUUCAUAAGUGUAUUAAAACGCUUCUGGAAAAGAAGAAAACCCAGGUUAAUGAUAUGGGAGAAGACCUGGAAUGCCUCUGUCAGAUCAUGAGAACAGUGGGACCCAGACUGGAUCAUAAAAAGGCGAAGUCUUUAAUGGAUCAGUACUUCCGGAGAAUGGAUUGCUUGAUGAACAGCAAGGAGUUGUCUGCCAGGAUCCGCUUCUUGCUACAAGACAUAGUGGAGUUGCGUGAGAACAAUUGGGUUCCUCGCAAGCCUUUCAUGGACAACACACCCAAGACCAUCAAUCAGAUUCGUCAGGAAGCAGGUAUAUUUGGUCACAACCUGACCCAGGAAAUGAGGGAUAACUUCUUCAUGGAGAGCGUCUUCCUGUCAUCUGCUCACAAGCUUGACAGGGGAACCCUGGGGGGGUUAGCUGAUAUGUUUGGGCAAAUGCCUGGCAGUGGUAUUGGCACAGGCCCAGGGGUGAUUGAAGACUGCUAUAACCCGAAUAUGGACCGCCACCGUAUUAACCCGCGCUUCAACGGCCACAAUGCUCUCAACGCCCCGUCCCAGUCUCAGUUCAACAUGGGAGGCAGAACUCUGAUCAAACCCAACCAGGGACCGACUCUGUACAAAACCCCGAACCAGAAUCACUCAAUGCUGCAGCAGCAGCAGCAGCUGCUGCAGCAACAGCAGUCUAAGAAUGGGGGACCGCAAUUUGUCAAGAAGGGCCGCCUUGGAGUAGAUGAGAUAAGUCUAAGACCUGCACAAUUCAGUUUUAAUAAAACUCAAAUGACGAAGCUGCAGCCACAGACUCCAAAUAUGAUUCCUCCUAGUGCUCAGCCAAUACGCACACGAACACCUCCUCUGGCAGAACUUGGCUUGAAGGCAAACCCUCUACCAAUUCAGGAGAAGCCUCCAAAGCCCACCAAGAAAACGCUUUCAAAGGAAGAAAUGCUUACAAUGACCGAGGCCCUGCUGGUUAAAUACCUCAGCAGCAAGGACCUCGAGGAGGCUGUGAACGCUGUGAAGGAGAUGAAGGCCCCAAAACACUUUGUACCAGAGAUGCUGAGGAAGCUCGUGGUGUAUUCACUGGAGCGCCCGGACGAGGAGCAGGAGCAGACUAGCGUGCUGAUCCACGGGCUCUGCACCGAUGGCCUCGUCACCGGGGAAAACCUCAUCCAGGCUUUUCUAAGCGUCCUCGACCAGUGUCCCAACAUUGAGGACCAGAUUCCUAAGGUCAAGUCCUACUUGGCUCAGUUUUGCGCACGGGCCAUCAUCGCCGACCUGGUGAGCAUCGCCGACUUGGCCAGUCCCCUGGAGAAUGGAAACCACUUCCCCCUCUUCCUGCUCUGCCUGCAGCAGGUCGCCAAGAGGAACGAUCCUGACUGGCUGACUGAUCUGUUCCUGCAGAGCAAGGUCAACAUGAGCAAGAUGCUACCUGAGUGUGACCAAAACAAGGAGAGAAUGCUGGAGGUCCUGGAUGGCAGAGGCCUGGGCUUCUUGUUCCCCUUGAUGAAGCUGGAGAAGGAGCUGCUGAAUCAGCUCAAGAAAGACCCCUCUCCCCAGUCCAUAUACAAGUGGAUCCGGGACAACAUUUCCCUCAAGCUCCACACUGACCCGGGCUUCGUCAACAUCCUGAUCACCAGUUUCUUGCAGUUCAUAGACUGCAAGAUCUUUGCUGAUGACGAGGAAGAACAGCUUGCAGCCCCCACUAAGGAACAGAUGGACCAGGAGAAACAGAUGCUGCAGGAUUUCAAACCGGUUGCGCAGAAAUUUCUGCAUGAUCAAGUUGACCUGCAAGUCUGUGCCCUUUACGCCCUGCAGGUCCACUGCAAUUCCAAGGCUUUCCCCAAAGGCAUGUUGCUGCGCUACUUUGUCAACCUGUACGAUAUGGAGAUCAUCGAAGAGGAAUCUUUCUUGGCUUGGCGAGAAGACAUUGUCCAAGAAUUCCCAGGAAAAGGAAAAGCCUUGUUUCAGGUGAACCAGUGGCUGACCUGGCUGGAGACGGCUGAGGAAGAGGAGUCUGAUGGGGAAGAGGACUGAAACUGAACCAAAGCCUUAUGGUUAUGAUUAUGAUACAAAGUUGCAGUUUUCUCCCCCUCUUGUGUCUCUGUGCCCCAUUUCAACCAUCCCUCUUGACUUACCAUUUUGUUACUCGCUGUUUAAUUUGUUUUAGCAAAUAUCCUGCCAAUAAUUCCCAAAUCACUUAGAUUCCUCUUGGCUGUCAUCUUCUGGCCGACUGAUGGGUUCCAAUGUCUUGGCGCCAACAAAAUGUUCUAGGUUUUGCGCUGUGAAUCCUAGAGGCAGUUUGUCUUCUUCAGUCGUUUAUACAGGUUAUUUGUGCUCAUGCUGAGUUCUGAAUGGUGGUCUUUAAUAACAAUUUUAUUUUUAAGGCAUCUCCAUAAGAUACAUUUGCUUAAACUUUAUUUAUUUCAUCUCAUUAACAAAAUAUUUUGGUCAUUUUAAGAAUUCUUUUUAAAUGCUUUUGGCCGAUGAGAGGGAAUCAUGUGGCCGUGUUGUACAAUCAUACUUUAACUUGUUUUUUUACAUCUUAACAGACAACACCAUCUGCGCCUCAGGUUGUAACAUAAGACCAGCAUUUGCCAAAGAAAUACUGUUUUUAAAUUGUUAAGAGGACUAAAUGGUUUUUUUUUUUUUCAGCAUCUUGUUUGACAAGUUAAAACUGUUUUCAUAUUUGCCUGAUCCAGACAUUGUUUUGUUACCUAGCAAUUUUGAUGAAAUUUAUGUCUGAUUUUUAAAACUUUUU